ACGGGCGCGGUGCGGCCGUUCCGAGAAGUGAUGCAAGAGGGCGGAAUUUCCCCAGCGCUGCGAUUGCGACAGAGCCGCGUCGUGUCCUUCCCCGGCGGGGCAGAGGGGCUCAGCCGCUGUGCCUGCGGAGCUCUGCCGAGGUGGAGCGGCGGUUGUAAAUAACGCCCGCUGCCGUGUCGGCGCUCUCCGUCCGCCGCACCGAAGCGCUCCGCUUUAUGGGACAACACCCGAAGGAGAGAACGCACGCGUCGACGCGGAGCCGCGAUUUCACGUCUCGGAGCGAUUCUUCCCAGCCGUUCAGAACGACUUAAAGAGGGCAGGCACUGAGCGCGAACCGCAGCGUCGCGGGAUCUGAGCGGCUGGAUACCGCCCGGCUCCGCGGCUCCGGCCGGCCGGCCGCCCCGUAACGCCCGCAGCAGCGCAGGGCGCGCCGCCCGUCCCGCCCGCCGGUCCCCUCAGCCGCUCAGGGCGGGGCGGUGCGGGCGGACUCUUUUUUCCCGCCGCGCCGCGCGGGGCCGCCGAGUGCUGCGUCACAGCGCCAGUCCGUGCGUGGCUGCGGAGCGGAGCGGCCGCCAUCAUGGCCUCCGCCGCCGCGCACCCGGCCCCCCCUCCCGCCGCCGUCGCCCCGGCCGCCGCCGUCGCCUCGUCCGCCGCCCCGCCGCCUCCCCCCGCCGCCCCGGGCAUCCUGAUCGGCGACCGGCUGUACUCGGAGGUGUCUCUCACCAUCGACCACUCGCUCAUCCCCGAGGAGCGCCUCUCGCCCACCCCUUCCAUGCAGGACGGCCUGGACCUGCAGUGCGAGACCGACCUGCGCAUCCUGGGCUGCGAGCUGAUCCAGGCGGCCGGCAUCCUGCUGCGCCUGCCGCAGGUGGCGAUGGCGACCGGGCAGGUGCUGUUCCACCGCUUCUUCUACUCCAAGUCCUUCGUCAAGCACAGUUUCGAGAUCGUCGCCAUGGCCUGCAUUAACCUCGCGUCUAAAAUCGAAGAGGCGCCGCGGCGGAUAAGGGACGUGAUCAACGUGUUUCACCACCUGAGGCAGCUCAGAGCCAAAAGGACUCCAAGCCCCCUGAUACUUGAUCAGAACUACAUAAACACCAAAAAUCAAGUAAUCAAAGCAGAAAGGAGGGUACUGAAGGAGUUGGGAUUUUGUGUUCAUGUCAAGCAUCCACAUAAGAUCAUUGUGAUGUAUUUACAAGUCUUAGAGUGUGAACGUAAUCAGACCCUGGUACAGACAGCCUGGAAUUACAUGAAUGACAGCCUGCGAACAAAUGUGUUCGUUCGCUUUCAGCCAGAGACUAUAGCAUGUGCUUGCAUUUAUCUUGCUGCUAGAGCUCUGCAGAUUCCAUUGCCUACCCGCCCACACUGGUUCUUGCUCUUUGGCACUACAGAAGAGGAGAUCCAGGAGAUAUGCCUCACUACUCUGAAGCUCUACACCAGAAAGAAGCCCAAUUAUGAGUUACUGGAUAAAGAAGUGGAAAAAAGGAAAAUGGCACUACAGGAAGCUAAACUGAAGGCAAAAGGCUUAAAUCCGGAUGGAACUCCAGCACUUUCGACACUGGGUGGCUUUUCUCCUGCAUCCAAACCAUCUUCUCCAAGAGAAGUGAAAACUGAAGAGAAGAGUCCAGUACCUUUGAACACCAAAACCAUUAAAAAAGAGCCAGAAGAAAGGCAGCAAGCUUCAAAGAGCCCUUACAACGGCAUGAGAAAAGAAAGCAAGAGAAGUAGGAGCAGCAGAAGUGCAAGUCGGUCCAGGUCAAGGACAAAGUCCCGGUCUCGAUCUCAUACUCCCAGGAGGCACUACAAUAACAGGCGCAGUCUGUCUGGGACGUACAGCUCGAGGUCGAGAAGCCGAUCCCGCAGCCACAGCGGCAGCCCUCGCAGACACCACAACCACGGCUCUCCGCACCUGAAGGCCAAGCAUGGCAGGGAGGAGCUGAAGAGCGCAAACAGACACGGCCACAAAAGGAAAAAAUCUCGUUCGCGUUCGCAGAGCAAAUCCAGGGAUCAUUCUGAUGCUGCCAAGAAACACAGGCAUGAGAGGGGGCACCACAGAGACAGGCGUGAGAGGUCCCGCUCCUUCGAGAGAUCCCACAAAGGGAAACACCACAGCAGCAGCCGGUCGGGGCACAGCAGGCACAGGCGCUGAGCAGUGAGCCCAGCUGGGUUCUGGUGCAGCCUGUAUAUAACACAGCGAAUGGACUCAUUUGAGAGCAAGGGAAUCGAUUAGGAUUUGAUUAAUUUAAACCCAAUAUCUGAUUUUUUCUAAAACAUGUAGAGCGUUUUUCUUUUGGGAAAGAAACUGUUACCAACUUUUGCACAUAAUACCUUAGCAGUAUCGGAUGGAUGGAAAACAGCGAUCAGGUUAACUUGUAUGUAUUAGAGUUGUGUAUUGUUUAUUGAUAUGAGAACUGGAGAAUGGAUUUCUGUACAAAAGCAAAAUGUACCUUAUUUUUAUACAAGUCAAUUGCAGACACUUAUAUUUAAGUAUAGUUAUUUGUUUAAACGAUGGUGGAUACUUUCUUACACUGGUUUUAGUCUGCAUGUGUUAAAAGAUUUUUACAAGAAAUAAAAUCUAAGGCUUUUUCUACUGCCUAUUGGAUGUCAAA